CCCAAAAUUCGUAUAUUUAGGAGUAUCCAGUUAGCCAAUUAGCGGCUUACUACUGCAGUCUCCUCAUGUGAGUCAUAACUCCUUCAGCUCCUACUACCUUGUACAUUAUCUGUACAUUGUAGUUCGAUCAGAUUCUAUCAUGAGUACCUAGAUACUGACCCUCACAUAGCCCUGCAAUGCGCAGUAUUCUAUCGAAGGCAGAUUUAGAGGUCUUCAUAACUGACUCCAAAUUUCGACGAGCGUCAUUUCUCAUAAUUGCGUGCUCCGGAGACCAAAAAUCUUGAUCUGUUUCGGCAUCGGUCUCAGCCGUCAGAAUUCGCCGACUAAUAGGGCAACUUUACGCGGACAUAUUCGUGUAGAGGCCCCCUGAAUAUCUUAAACCGAUUGUUAAGUAAUUAUUCAAAUUGAUUGGACGCAAUGUGUCAAUAUCAUUCAGAGAAGCCAGAGCCCUCUGCUUCGAAGGCACCGGUAUCUUAUAGCAAACCAGGGGUUUCCCUCGAACCAUUCCCUUGGGAUGCUGGGGUCUUCGAUGCUCACUGCCACCCUACCGAUACAAUGGCGUCAAUAGCAAGUAUACCACAUAUGAAAGCACGUGCUUUAACUGUGAUGUCUACGAGAUCCCAAGAUCAGGACCUCGUAUCUGAUGUAGCUUCUCGCUACAAGGUUGAAGACGACGAAAUAGCGGUUACACCGCGCUCUUCUGGCGAAACCCGCUUAAUUCCUUGCUUUGGAUGGCAUCCUUGGUUCUCCUACCAGAUCUAUGACGACCUCUCUUCCGAUUUAACAUAUGAUGGAACCUCAUCUGGUAAAAUAUCAUACUAUGAUAAAAUAUUAGUCCCGUCACCUUCGUCAAAAGAUGUGUCUUUCAGCGAAGGACUUCCAGAUCCGCAGCCACUGUCUGAAUUCCUACGUGAAACCAAGUCUCGGUUAGAGAAGCAUCCCAUAUCUCUCGUUGGCGAAGUUGGUUUAGAUAAAGCAUUUCGACUUCCUCAAAGUUGGACUUCGACAAACAAGGCUCAUCACAACGAAGGGCUUACACCUGGAGGCCGGGAGGGUAGGGCCUUAAGCCCUCAUCGAGUACAAAUGGCACACCAGGCCAUGAUCCUCCAAGCUCAACUACGGUUAGCAGGUGAGAUGGGUCGUGCGGUUAGUGUUCACGGAGUCCAGGCGCACGGCGUGCUUUAUGAAACAAUCUCUCAGCUAUGGAAAGGACACGAGAAACCGGUAAUGUCAAGAAGAGAUAAGAGAAGAAUUGCUGAAGGAGCAGAGGACUUCUCUAGCUCAUCUGAAGACGAGAUCGAUGAGGACUAUACCGUUGAGCCCAGCACGAAGAAAGAGAAACCCAAGAAGGGACCGAAGCCUUACCCCCCACGAAUCUGUGUGCAUUCCUUUAGCGGUCCAGCUGAGGUUGUCAAACAGUAUCUUCAUCCCUCUGUACCGGCGAAGAUCUUCUUCUCUUUCUCAAUCGUGAUAAAUUGGGCAACAGGGGGCGGGGACAAGGCCGAGGAGGCGAUCCGAGCUAUACCCGAUGAUCGCAUACUGGUAGAGAGCGACCUGCAUACGGCAGGCGAAGAGAUGGAUCAGUACCUAGAAGAUGUAUGCAGGAAAAUAUGCGAGGUAAAAGGAUGGGAGUUGCGUGAUGGCGUUGAACAGCUGGGUAGGAAUUGGAAGACAUUUAUAUUUGGCUAGUGUCUAGACCCGAAAAGAAAGUUUACUAUGUUUAUCAUUGGGGGAAGAAUAAACGGCAAUUUUGACAACCUUUGUACAUGGGAGGGGACAAUUAACUGCUUGGCUCUUACAUAACCGUCUUACCAUAUUUUUCUGGUCGACUUGAGCAAUAUAUAUAAGUGACUUCAACAUUGAACCGUCAAU